AUGUCUUCCGAUAUUCCCAACAAUUUUGAGGACCGAUUGCGACAACGUGCUUCUACCACUAGGAACACGAACACGCUCGAAACUAUACCCGUGAACCAUCAACCUCAUGAAAAUAUCCCGAAUACACCGCUUGCAGCAUCUACGAUAUCAUUUUUAUUAGGAUGUAUCUUUUCUCUUGGUCUGGCACUCUUUCUCACUGGAGGUAUCUCUGAUCACUGGUGGGCCACAUACCAACUGGGCUUCUUCCUUGCCGCCUGGUCUGGCUUCCACUGGGGAGAAUUCGCGGUCACAGCAGGCUGGAACCGUGACAAAUGCAGCGUUGACUCGUUCUUACUUGAUAAUGGCGCUAUGUAUCACGUCGCCAAUGGAACCGCUCUGGUGGAAUACCUAAUUACGUUAUACUUCAAACCAUCGCUCAAGGCUUACCACUAUAUCUCAACGAUUGGUGUAAUGAUGGCUGUCAUCGGACAGACACUGCGUGCAUCGGCAAUGAUACAGGCUUCGACUAACUUCUCUCAUAUCGUAGCUCUCCGCAAGCUGCCUUCGCACCGAUUAGUAACUGAUGGUGUAUACUCGGCGUUCCGCCAUCCAUCAUACGCAGGAUUUUUUUACUGGGCGUUAGGGACCCAGCUGGUUUUGCAAAACCCUAUUACCUCCAUUGGCUUCGUACUAGUCUUGUGGAGAUUUUUCUCGCAUCGUAUCAAAGUUGAAGAGAGGGCAUUAGUGAAUUUCUUUGGAGAGGAAUAUGAAAACUACAGGCGAAGGGUCAACACUAACAUUCCAUUCAUACGAUAG